GAGUCUUCAAGAAGCCAGGACCUUUCAAACUCGCUAUUUGUGCUGGUAGCUGAACUCCAGUACACAACUGGAUUGUCUGGUGACAUGGAAAAAAAUCCAUAACUGAAGUCACCUUCCUGGGCUGGAGACCUUUCAGCUCUCACGCCAGAGAUCCAGAGUGGUGCUGCGGCCAUGUGGCCAAGAGAAUCGUCCUCCUCCUGCUCCUCCAGCAGUUCACUGCGAGGGUCCAGCGGGCUGCCGGCGGAGGAGGAGAUGCCCGAGCUGUCCGACGAGGAGGGCGCCUGGGAGGAGGAAGAGGAAGGUGCCGCCGAGGAGCCGCGGGCCAGCUGCCUCUUCUGUGACAGGUUCUUCAGUUCUGCUGAGGAUGUGUUCUCCCACUGCAAAGCAGAGCAUCGUUUUAAUGUGUGUGAAGUGGUCAAGAAACACGGACUCGAUUUUUAUGGAUAUGUUAAGCUAAUAAACUUUGCUAGGUUAAAGAAACCAACAGGAGAGUAUUUGAGUUCUCUCAGCAGCCCACUGCCUUGGGAAGGAGAGGAAUAUUUGAAACCAGAGCUAGAGGAUGAUCUCCUACUUCAGUUUGAUAUAGAAGAUCUUUGUGAGCCUGCAAGUGUUUUGCUGUGUAACGGUUUGAACGAGUCUGGGAUGCUCCUUGAACAGCUAAAACAUGCAGAACACAGAGCAAGACUUGCAGAAGCAGCCUUGGCUAGAGCACAAGAUGAUCUUCAGAAAAUGAAACAGUUUGCCCAGGAUUUUGUGCUGAAGGCAGAUGUGGGGAGCAGCUCGUCAGCCGGCGCCAUUGCGGACCUUCGGGAGGAUGAGGAUGGCGUUUACUUCAGCUCCUACGGGCAUUAUGGGAUACACGAAGAGAUGCUAAAGGAUAAAGUGCGCACAGAGAGCUAUCGGGACUUCAUCUAUCAAAAUCCACAUAUCUUCAAGGACAAGGUGGUUUUGGAUGUCGGCUGCGGAACUGGAAUACUCUCCAUGUUCGCUGCCAAAGCAGGCGCAAGGAAAGUGAUUGGAGUUGACCAGUCUGAAAUUAUCUAUCAAGCCAUGGACAUCAUUAGAUUAAAUAAACUGGAAAACAUAAUUACAUUAGUCAAAGGAAGAAUUGAAGAAGUAGAUCUGCCUUUGGAAAAAGUGGAUGUAAUUAUAUCUGAGUGGAUGAAGUUGGCUGUCUCAGUGAUGUUUGCAGGUUAUUUCCUUCUCUUCGAGUCCAUGCUGGAUUCUGUCAUCUAUGCAAAGGACAAGUACCUGGCAGAGGGAGGCUCAGUUUACCCUGACCGUUGCAGCAUUAGUCUAGUAGCUGUGGGGGACAUGAAGAAACAUGCAGAGAAGCUGCUUUUCUGGGAAGAUGUCUAUGGCUUUGACAUGUCCUGCAUGAAGAAGGCUGUCAUUCCAGAAGCUGUGGUGGAGGUGCUGGAUCCAAGCACACUGAUAUCUACAGCCACGGUUAUUAAGCAUAUUGACUGCAACACUGCAUCCACUCCAGACUCAGAGUUCUCUUCAGAUUUCACCCUGACUGUUACAACGAGCACAAAGUGUACGGCAGUUGCUGGCUAUUUUGAUAUCUUUUUUGAGAAGAACUGUCACAACAGGGUCUUGUUUUCAACUGGUCCCCAGUGUACCAAAACACACUGGAAGCAGACAGUUUUUCUCCUAGAGAAACCAAUUCCUGUAGAAGCAGGGGAGGCCCUGAGAGGAAAGAUAACAGUCCGCAGGAACAGGAAGGAUCCACGGUCCCUCUUCAUAACCCUUUCAGUGAAGGACAUGCAGCAGACCUACAGCCUUCAGUGAAAGUCCUGUGCAUGGAAAUUGGGGAAAUGUCAGAUUUAGAUGCUAGAUAGAGCUGUUGGCAGCUGUUCCUAAGUAUCCAGAAAUGGUGAACUCUUGGAUCUUUGUCUGUGUUUACACACACACCAGGACACAAAAAGGUUACCUAGCACUGAGAGUACUGUUGGGAUAUGGAGACUGAUGACGAAAGCAGCAGUUCCAUGCAGUGUGGGAAGGCAAGAGAGAGGAUUUUGGUUUACAUGAGACUGCUAGAUGAGAGGAAAAAACAAAACCAAAUUAAAGUCUUGCUGUGAGGAACAAUAAACAUGAUCUCUCAAUGUCGUAUUCUCCAGCUGGCAAAAUCCUUGAGAAUUCGUUUAUGUUUUUUAGGAAAGAAGAGGCUGAACUGUGUGUGAGAACACUUCAAGAGUAGCUGGAAAAUCCCAAGAGCAGUAAGUUUGGAAUUCCAACUGCAGGAUUGCAGCAGCAAAGACUCUAUUACACUUCUGUAAUCAAAAAAUGAUAUCACAGUUACAUUUCUCUAAAUAAAGGAACUAAGGAUGUUGUGUAAUGCA